CGGGGAGCCCUGCGCCCCGCGUCCCCGGAGCCCUGAGUCCCGAGUCCCCCGGUGCCCUGAACCUCGCGACCUCAGGUGGCCUGAACCCCGCGUCCCCCGGAACCCCCGCGUGCCCGGCGCCCUGCGCCACGCGUCUCCGGAGCCCCCGCGUCCCCGCGCGCUCUCCAGAGUCCCGGCGCGGAGGCCACCGCCCGACCCGGCGGAGAGCGCCGCCUUCCUCCGCCCCACCGGCGCCAUGGCCGCCCCCGACCUGUCCACCAACCUCCAGGAGGAGGCCACCUGCGCCAUCUGCCUUGACUACUUCACGGACCCGGUGAUGACCGACUGCGGCCACAACUUCUGCCGCGAGUGCAUCCGGCGCUGCUGGGGCCAGCCCGAGGGCCCGUACGCCUGCCCCGAGUGCCGCGAGCUGUCCCCGCAGAGGAACCUGCGGCCCAACCGCCCGCUCGCCAAGAUGGCCGAGAUGGCGCGGCGCCUGCACCCGCCGUCGCCCGUCCCGCAGGGCGUGUGCGCCGCGCACCGCGAGCCGCUGGCCGCCUUCUGCGGCGACGAGCUGCGCCUGCUGUGCGCGGCCUGCGAGCGCUCGGGGGAGCACUGGACGCACCGCGUGCGCCCGCUGCAGGACGCGGCCGACGACCUCAAGGGGAAGCUGGAGAAGUCCCUGGAGCAUCUGCGGAAGCAAAUGGAGGAUGCACUGCUGUUCCAGGCGCAGGCUGAGGAGACCUGUGCCUUGUGGCAGAAGAUGGUGGAGAGCCAGCGGCAGAACGUGCUGGCGGAGUUCGAGCGGCUGCGCCGGCUGCUUGCGGAGGAUGAGCGGCGUCUGCUGCGCAGGCUGGAGGACGAAGAGCUGGAGGUGCUGCCCCCGCUGCGGGACAGCGCGGCCCGCCUGGGGCAGCAGAGCGCCCAGCUGGCCCAGCUCAUCGCUGAGCUGGAGGGGCGCUGCCAGCUGCCGGCGCUGGGGUUGCUGCAGAGCGGGCAGCACAAGGGUUUGGGGGCACUGUUGGCCGGGACGUGGGGAGGAUCAGAGGAUCGGGGACAGGCGCUGAUGCCGCGUGUGUCUCUCCCACAGGACAUCAGGGACACCCUGCGCAGGGUCCAGGAUGUGAAGCUGCAGCCGCCUGAGGUGGUACCCAUGGAGAUGAGGACGGUGUGCAGGGUUCCGGGGCUGGUGGAGGCCCUGCGCAGAUUCCGAGGGGACGUGACCCUGGACCCCGACACCGCCAACCCCGAGCUGGUCCUGUCGGAAGACAGGAAGAGCGUGCGGCGCGGGGACCUGCGGCAGGCCCUGCCCGACAGCCCCGAGCGGUUCGACCCCGGGCCCUGCGUGCUGGGCCGGGAGCCCCUCACCUCGGGCCGCCAUUACUGGGAGGUGGAGGUGGGAGAGCGGGCCAGCUGGGCGCUGGGCGUGUGCAGGGAGAACGCCAACCGCAAGGAGAAGGGUGAGCUGUUCGCGGGCAACGGGUUCUGGAUCCUGGUGUUCCUGGGCAGCUACUACAACUCCUCCGAGAGGGCCUUCGCCCCCCUCCGGGACCCGCCGCGGCGCGUGGGCAUCUUCCUGGACUAUGAGGCCGGACACCUGUCCUUCUACAGCGCCACGGAUGGCUCCCUCUUGUACGCCUUCCCCGAGACCCCCUUCUCGGGGACGCUGCGGGCCCUGUUCUCGCCUCUAUCCAGCAGCCCGACCCCCAUGACCAUCUGCAGGCUGAAAGGCGGGCCUGGGGACUCGCUGGCUCCCCAGUGAGGGGGCCUCCCAGCUGCUCAGGAACCUGGGCAUCUCCUGAGGUCCUCUGAGCUGGGGAAGCGCUCACGGUGCCCGGUGGAUGUGCGGGUGCGCACUCACUCCUGCAAGCGUGUGCCCGCGUGUGCGGGGCCGGCUUGGUCCUGCCGUCCGGGCGGAGGGCCCUGAGACACCCGCGCUCACCAGCUCCGGGCCCUGAGCCUUGCGCGGCCCCCACCCCCCGCGGCCCUGGAGCUACCCCUCCAGAAAGCUGCGGCCAGGAGGCAGCUCCAAGGCCGCGCGCCCGUGUGCAGUCCGGCCCUGGAGAAUGGGGGGCGGGUUGGGCUUGCCCUGCAGUAGCCAGGUACCCGGUGAUAGGCCAGAGGAAGCUGGGAGCAGGACACCCGAGCACCCCCUCCCCCGAACACAGACCACUGGGGGCUUCUGGCUCCUGUUGCAGAUAGAGCAGGUCCGUGGGGAGCAGGCACAGAAGCCCCCCGGUUUCCCUCCACGCUGCCCGGAGAACCCCCAGCUGGAGUCACCCUGGCAGUUCUCUCCUCGCUGGCCUGGGGGCCUCCUGACCCCAGAACUCCGCGUACCUGGUCCCCAGUCCUUCCUGCCCUGCCUGGGGGCAGGUGAGGCCUCAGAGAGCAUCCCCCACACACCUUCUGGCUACCAGAGUCUGGGAUUUGUCUUUGCUUUGUUCAGACUUUGCCUCACCCUCCCUAAAGGUCUGCCCCAGCUUCUUCGUACCACUAGAUUGUAUUUAUUGUAAGGACUGUUCUCACAGUAAAUAAACUAACUGUUG